UUUUCUGAAUCAAAGCAAUGGAGGUGAUAUGGAAGCCAGAUGUUGUUGAUGAAUUUGUGAUCGGUUUUUGUGGGCAUCGGUGGGUACCGUAUGAACUGGAAGAGUCAAAUACUACUCAUCAACUAGAAGAGUGGUUCGCCUGUAAGAUUCCAAACUCAUCUUCUUGUUCUUCUCCGGUAAUCAAGGUAUAUCCUUUUUCGCCCAUUCCGUUUUCGUCAGUGAAGUUGUUCGGGGUUCGCAACACUCAUGCGUACGGAGGGUCCCGUCUGUAUACUAUAGGCGGCAUAGAUCCCACCUUCGAUUCCAAAAUAGUCGAUCCCUUAGAUUACAAUAUUUAUAAACUCUGGACCCUAAAGCUUGAUACCGAUAGCGAUAGCGAUAGCGAUGGUGGUUGGAAGCCUCUUCCUCCCAUGAAUUUUCCUCAUAGACGCUCCUCUUGCUCCAUCGUCCUCGACGGUAAGUUAUAUGUGUUUGAUGGUUUAUCGUCUGAGUUUUCUGAAAAUUGUGGCUGGAUGGAGGCUUAUGACCCCAUCUCAGAUACAUGGGAGUCCUUGCCCAGUCCUCCUCUUCCUCUUCCUGUUCCUCCUUUUUCUGUUCGCAUGUAUGCCGCUCUUGAAUCUAAACAACAGAUUGUUGUAGCUUUACUUUGUGAUCCCAAAUUGAAGACAUUAUUUACUUACAACAUCAGCAAUCGAUGUUGGACAAAACUUGCGCAUCACUUCGAUGUACAACCUGAGUAUCCUUUAUCAUUUUAUAGAAGUCCUGUAGCUGUUGGUAACACUCUCUAUUGGGGUUCUGUUCACUUCAAUAGAGGCUAUGAUGAUAUCCGUAUACAUGCUCAUGCUUACGAUUUAGAUAGGGAUAAGUGGCUCGUCGGCUCUUUGAACAUUUUUCGCCGUGGCGUCAUGAGCCCAAUUCUUCUGGAGGAUGAACUUCUGGUAGAUAAAGCACAUACACCACCUUUGCUCCAUUUAGCUGAUCAGAAAUUCUGCAUUUUCCUCCACUCUACCAACCGCAAACACACUUUCCACCACAAUAAGGAAGGCAUUAAGCAUGAUUAUCUCAAUUGUCUCAUACUUGAAAUUUCUCUACCAAUAUGCGAUCAUGACAAGGACAAGGACAAGGACGAUAGUACGGACCUCGACCAUUCCUCGAUAUUGUGUAUUUCCAUUGUGUCCAUCCAUAAGUUUCCCUUCCAUGACGAACUAAGCUUCCACGAUAGCUUGUUGCUGGAUCAAACAAAAGUUGUCAAAUGAAGCAAGCGUAACCAUCAAAGACAAUUAUUGUAGUAGGUUGCUUCCUUGAAGGUUAUGCAUCAACAAACAGAUACCAAGACAAAGUUUGCUGAGUAGAAGCUUCUUGAGGAACUAUAAUAGUAAUGGCAAUGGAGAAUUAUAGCUGUUGCUUAAAUUUGAUCAGAAAUUCUGCAUUUUCCUCCACUCUGCCAAGCGCAAACGCACCUUCCACCACAAUAAGAAUAAGGAAGACAAUAAGCAUGAUUAUCAUAAUUGUCUCAUACUUGAAAUUUCUCCACCAAUAUUGGAUCAUGACAAGGACAAGGACAAUAGUACUGACCUCGACCAUUCCUCGAUAUUGUGUAUUUCCUUUUGUGUCCAUCCAUAAGUUUCCCUUCGGUGGCAAACUAAGCUUCUACAAGAGCUUGUUGCUGGAUCAAACAAAAGUUGUCAAAUGAAGCAAGCGUAACCAUCAAAGAUAAUUAUUGUAGUAGGUUGCUUCCUUGAAGGUUAUGCAUCAAGAAACAGCUAGAAUAAAGAAAGAGUUUGCUGCUUCUAAGAAGAAAGUUGGUUCAUUAAUGCAAGCUAUAUAUGUGGACUGGGGAAAAAGUUUUUAAGGUGUAGCGAGGGAUAUUUUUGGCUCAAUAGGUGGGAUGGGAUUCUGAAUGUUAAUUACUGUUACAGUUACUGAUAGACGUGAUUAGGAGAGGAAGGCAUACAACAAGAUGUUCCUAUAGCAGAUUGGCGUUCAAUUGGUAUCCUGGAUCCAUUCUUUUAUUGUUUGAUAUUAUUCAUCCAUUUUACUUUGAGCUGGCCCUUCCUUCUAAUGAACUUAAUCCUUUUACUUUUCAGGUUCUUCCAGGGAGCCAAUGAAAGUAACCAAACCCCUCACACCAAUACAAUUGUACAAAAUUGAGGAUUAAACCAAUUCAUAGAUUUUACUUGUCAGAAGUUUACAGGGUUGAUUUGAGAAUGCUUUUAUGGGUGGUUCUGUUUGCCUUACAAACUUUCCAUGGAAAUCUAUUUUUCAUUGAUUUUGGA